GGGACGGAAACCAAACAGCCACGUAGUGAAAGGCGAAGCUCGCAAAGAGGGUUGUCUGUGUUCAGAAGUGUCCCUGGAUGCUGACAUGCUCCCUGCUAUCCUGCCUCCUAAGACGAUGGUUUUGUGAGAACUUCUUUCCAAAGUCGCACCAGCAGUAUUGACUGUUCAGUUUCUUCAUGGAAAUGGAUAGUAACGAAUCAGAAGCAGCUCAAAUGGAGGUUAAUGCUUACAAGGAAGCCCAUGUUAUAAAAUCCAAAGAGGCUGAAGCCCAUCCUGUGGAAGAUGAACCGCAAUUGAAACAACAAGGGCUGGAGAACACACAAAUCACAAAAGGGGAUAUUCAUAAUGGUCCUGUCAGUUCAGAUGUGAUGCCAAACGGAGAUGGACUGGCAGAAGGCUUCGGUGCAGCAGGGAAUACCCAUAUAAAUGGGUCCCUGCCUCCAACAGCCCCUCCCCAGAGCACCAGCUCCCCUGUCAACCCCCAGACCCACGAGCCCUCCCCAGGUGUGGCUUCUUAUCCACCCAUGAUGCUAGAGAAGUCUGAGGGGGCUAGUGCUGAGGUCACGAUUCACACGGGUGAUUCAUUGCAGUCGCUCAGACUCAGUAUGCCUAUGCAGGAGACUGAAUUGUCCACCCAGAAGCCAUCAUUGGAGAUGGAGAAUGAGGAGAAGAUUCGCCUGGAGGCUCGCCGGCGUCUGGAGGAGCAACUCAAACAGUACAGAGUGCAGAGACAUAAGGAGAGGUCUCACCGCACCACGCCCAAGAACAGGCCAUUCAGCACCCUGGAUCCAGAGCUCAUGCUGCAUCCUGAGGCUCUGCCCAGGGCCAACACUGUUGCCAUGACCAAGGAGUAUUCUUUCCUGAGGACCAGUGUCCCCCGUGGUCCCAAACUGGGUAGCUUGGGAAUUCCACCUUCCAAGGAGAGAAAGUCCAGAUCACCCCGCCCGAGCAAGAUCCACUCCUUAGCUGACUACAAGUCUCCUGAGAGUGAUGGUGGAGGUGGAGGUGGAGGUGGAGUAAGAACGGCAGAUAACACCAUGAGCUCCCUCCAGUCCACCAUUAGCUCAGUGUCCACUUUGUCUGAGGUCAGUGUGAUGUCGGAGGGCAGUACCUGUGAGACAGAGGCACAGUCUGGUGCUUCGCUCCAAGUCCCGGACAAUGUCUCAGAAAUUGAUGGCAGCGAAUCAGGAACAAGGCCAGGGAACGACGGCAAUGACAGCGACAGCUCGUCUUACAGCAGCGUGUCUACCAGGGGGACAUACGGCAUGCUCUCUGCGGCAGUGGAAAGGCAGCGGGGGCCCUACACGGUGGAGGGGAGGGAGAUCGCCCCAGAGGCUAUGGGUCAGUUCCCUUCCCUGCAGGAGGUUCUGCAGGCGGCCAGUGAAGAGCAGCACUUGCUGGAGCUGGAGCAGGAGAGAGAAGGGACAGCGGAGCCUCGCAGCCGCAGGGACAGCUUCUCCAGCAGUGUUUCUUUGGAGAGUUCAGUGAUGGGCCAUGAUGAAAUGCUGCAGGUGUUGAAAGAGAAAAUGAGACUGGAGGGUCAGCUGGAGUCUUUGUCAUCUGAGGCCAAUCAGGCUCUCAAGGAGAAGACAGAGCUUCAGGCCCAGCUCGCUUCAGUGAAUGCUCAGCUGCAGGCUAAGAAGGAGGAGGCCCAGUUCAGCCAGGAGAAGCAGAGCGCCCUCACCACAGAGGUUGGCACUCUGCGACAAAACUGCAGCCAGCUAGAGAAGGCAAUGGUGGAGCUCCAGGGCAGUCUGGAGAGUAAGAAUGCCAGUCUGGCUUCUCUAAGCAAUGACCUGAAAGUGGCUGAAGAUCAAUACAACAGGCUCAUGGGGAGGGUGGAGGAGAUGCAAAACACUGUAGUCUCCAGAGACAAUACAGUUCAGGAGUUACGUCUGCAAAUGACUGGUCUUCAGAGCCAGCUUCAACAGGUCCAGCUGGAGCGCAGCACCCUGCAGAGCCGAAUGAAGACGUCCCAGGCUGAAAUUGACUCACUCCAGCAGGUCCGACAGUGGUACCAGCAGCAGCUAGCACUGGCCCAGGAGGCGAAAGUACGACUGCAGAGUGAAAUGGCCAACAUGCAGGCUGGACAGAUGACUCAGAUUGGUGUUGUGGAACAUCUGAAGCUGGAGAAUGUAACGCUGUCCCACCAACUCACCGAGACCCAGCACCGCUCCAUCAAAGACAAAGAGCGUAUUGCUGUUCAGCUGCAGAGCAUUGAGGCCGACAUGCUGACCCAGGAAGCUAAUUACAAGCAGAUCCGGGAUGCAAAGACCAUGGUAGAGGAUGAUCUGCAGCACAAACUGGAGGAGUUUGAAGAAGAGCGGGAACAUUUAUUGAAACUGGCCAACACAGCCGGCACCCUGGAAAGAGAACUAGAACAGGUGAGGUUGACCCUUUCCCAGAAAGAUGUGCAGCUGCAGUCACUCCAGAAAGAGCAUCUGGAGCUGAUGCGCCAGCUGACCACCACUCAGGAGAACCUGCACACCAAAGAGCAGUCCAUCAACCAGCUAGAGGCUCGGUACCUGGAGCUUGAAGCCCAGCUGGCUGAGCUGCAGACAGAGAGCAGCGCCAAGGACGACAGCAUCCAGUACCUCCAGAACGAGAAGAUUGUCCUGGAGGUAGCGCUGCAGGCAGCCCGUGCCGACAAGAGCCAACUUGACGAGAAUGCUGAACGGCUCGGAGAGGAUGUUCUGGUGGCUUCAGAUGUCUUGGAUCAGCUGAGACAGGAAGUCCAAGUCAAAGCCAAUCAGAUUGAAACUCUUCAACAGGAAAAUAGUUUGCUGAAGAAACAAGCUCAGAAACUGAAGGAGCAGUUCCAGCAACAGAAGGUGAUGGUGGAAGCCUACCGUCGGGACGCCAGCUCCAAAGACCAGUUGAUCAGUGAGCUCAAGUCCACCAAAAAGCGUCUGUUGGCAGAGGUGAAGGACCUGAAGCAGGAGCUGCUGGGCGUUCAGGGGGAGAAGCAGAAGGUAGAGCUGGAGCAGGCCCGGCUGCAGAAAGAGGUGGUGAGAGUCCAGGAGCAGAUGAGCAACAUGGAGGCCCAUCUGCAAGCCAUUCAGACAGAGAGGGAUCAGCUAGAAACUCAGAUCCAGUCUCUACAGUUUGAUCAGAGCCAGCUAGCAGCUGUGACAGAAGAGAACGAAGGCCUGAGGAAACAGGUGGAGCAAAUGGAGGGAGAAGCCAAAAAGGCCAUCUCGGAGCAGAAGGUGCGCAUGAAGCGGCUGGGGACAGACUUGACCAGCGCUCAGAAGGAGAUGAAGGCCAAACACAAGGCCUAUGAGAACGCCGUGGGCAUUCUGAGUAGGAGGCUCCAAGAGGCUCUGACAGACAAGGAGACGGCUGAGGCAGAGCUGGUCAAACUCAAGGCCCAGGUGUCAGAUGGGGGAAACAGCCAGGCCUUACAGGAGAAGAUUAAGGCUCUGCAGGCUGAGCUGCAGGUUGUGACCAACAGUAAGACCAUGCUAGAGAAGGAGCUGCAGGAAGUGAUCAACCUCACCACCACAGAGCUGGAGGAGUACCAGGAGAAGGUCCUGGAGCUUGAGGAUGAGCUUCAAGAGUCACGAUGCUUCAAGAAGCGGAUUCGUAAAUUAGAAGAUGCCAACAAGAAGCUAGCACUUGAGCUGGAACAUGAAAAAGGGAAGUUGGCUGGAUUGGCACAGUCCCACAAUACACUGCGUGAGCAUUCCAACAUUUUGGAGUCUGCCUUAGCUAAGAGAGAGGCAGAUCUUGUCCAGCUCAACUUACAGGUUCAAGCUGUUCUGAAGCGUAAAGAGGAGGAGGAUCAGCAAAUGAGGCAGGUGGUACAAACCCUACAGCUUGCCUUGGAAAAGGAGAAAACCAAAGUCAAGGACCUGAAAGAACAGGUGGCAGCAGCAAAGGCUGAAGCAGCCCACAAUAGACGGCACUACAGGGCAGCCGUGCUGGAACUGUCCGAGAUCAAGAAGGACCUACAGGCCAAAGAGGACCUGGUCAAAGCUCUGCAGACUGAAUCCCACAAAUUACAGGCUCAGGAUGAGCAACACGCUCAGGAGGUUUCCAGGUUCCAAGAGGAGCUGGCUGAGGCCCAUUCACAGCUUCAGAUCCUCCAGAAACAACUUGACGAGGAACUGGCCAAGCAGCCCCUCACUAACCAGGAGGUCGAGGACCUGAAGUGGGAGCUGGAGCAGCGGCAGAGGGAGAUUGAGGCUCAGAAGCAGCAGAUGGAGAUGAUGGAGCAGUGUCACCACAGGGAGCUGGACAACCUACAGAGAGCUCUGCAGAACAUCAAGGUGGAGCUGGAGACGGUGCAGGAGGAGCUGAGCAGCACCAGGAAGGACAAGUUUAUGCUGCAGGCCAAAGUGGGUGAGCUGAGGAACAGCAUGAAGACGGUCCUGCUCCAGAACCAGCAACUCAAACAGGACUUCAAACAGACCCGCCUACGGAAGCAGCGCAUGGAGCUGAAGAGUGAGGGGAACCCAUCCAACCCGGUGACGCCAGUUAAGAUCCCAGACUGCCCAGUGCCUGCCACUCUGCUGGAUGAGUUGCUGAAACCAUCAACUUCUGUCAACAAGGAGCCCCUCAACAACCUGCACAACUGUCUACGGCAGCUCAAGGAGGAGAUGGACAGCCUCCAAAAGCAGAUGGAGGAACACACAGUAACAGUACAUGAGUCAAUGAGCUCAUGGACAAACACAGAGGAGGAACUGGUUCAACUGGGGCUUCAAAACACAUCGUUAAACAACAUGGUGGUGGAAAAUAACAAUGAGGCAGAGCAGGAGCAAUCAUAA